AACUUAACCGAAGUCGUUCCGGGAGGCAACCGGGCACCAUGCGGCGGCGGGGCCGGUGCUGAGCCCCCCCCGGGGGUGGCGGGAGCCAUGGCCAUGGUGGCCGGCGGCUGGGGAGAGCCCAACGGGAGCGGCGGCAGCGGCGGCAGCGGCGGAGGGGAGGAGGCGGCGGCGUCCCCGGCGGGAGGAGGCAGCGACGCGGAGCACGGCGAAGAGGAACGGGCCGGGGCUCCGGUGGAUUGCGUGGUUUGCGGGGAUAAAUCCAGCGGGAAGCACUACGGGGUCUUCACCUGCGAGGGUUGCAAGAGCUUCUUCAAGCGCAGCAUCCGCAGGAACCUCAGCUACACCUGCAGGUCCAACCGCGACUGCCAGAUCGACCAACACCACCGCAACCAAUGCCAGUACUGCCGCCUGAAGAAGUGCUUCCGUGUUGGCAUGAGGAAGGAAGCCGUGCAGAGGGGCCGGAUUCCCCCUACCCACUCCAGCACCAGCCCCAACCCCCUGCCCAGCGGGGAGUACUUCAACGGGCAGCCGGUGUCGGAGCUCAUCUCGCAGCUGCUGCGGGCUGAGCCCUACCCUGCCGCCCGCUACGGCUCGCAGUACGCGCAGCAGGGCAGCGUCAUGGGCAUCGACAACAUCUGCGAGCUGGCCGCCCGCCUGCUCUUCAGCACGGUGGAGUGGGCGCGGAACAUCCCUUUCUUCCCCGAGCUGCCGGUCUCCGACCAGGUGGCCCUGCUGCGGCUCAGCUGGAGCGAACUCUUCGUCCUCAACGCCGCCCAGUCCGCCCUGCCCCUCCACAUGGCGCCGCUGCUGGCCGCCGCCGGCUUCCACGCCUCCCCCAUGUCCGCCGACCGCGUGGUGUCCUUCAUGGACCAGAUCCGCAUCUUCCAGGACCAGGUGGAGAAGCUCAACCGGCUGCAGGUGGACUCGGCCGAGUACAGCUGCCUCAAAGCCAUCGCCCUCUUCACCCCCGAUGCCUGCGGGCUCUCGGACCCGGCCCACGUGGAGAGCCUGCAGGAGAAGGCUCAGGUGGCGCUGACCGAGUACGUGCGCUCGCAGUACCCCUCGCAGCCGCAGCGCUUCGGGCGGCUCCUGCUGCGCCUGCCGGCCCUGCGCGCCGUGCCGGCCGCCCUCAUCUCCCAGCUCUUCUUCAUGAGGCUGGUGGGGAAGACGCCCAUCGAGACGCUGAUCAGGGACAUGCUGCUGUCCGGCAGCACCUUCAACUGGCCCUACGGGUCCGGGCAGUGAGGCGCUGGGCGGUGAGGGACGGAGCCUUGGCAGCCCUGGC